GAUCUCCCGCUCGGGAUGGCGAGCGGAGCCGUCGCGCCGCCGCCCGCGCCGCUGACCGGCGCGCGGCGCGGCUUCGGGGGCCGGGGAGUCCUCCUCCGACGGCGUCUCGCCGCCACGCCUAUGAAAGAUGAACCUGGGGUCUCUGCAAACGGCGGGAAAGAGGAAAUGGCCGCCGACAGCGUUAAUGUUGCUAGAAAAGAGUCCCUCCCCGGGCUUUCGUCGAGCUCAUCCAACAAGACAACAGUUACCCCAACGCCUUUGCAUCCAGUGGAACCAUCCGAUCUCCGUUUCAAUCGUCUUCGGCCCUCGGUUGAGGAAAGCGACUGCAAAUACAAACGAUACUUUGGUCGCUAUGUUGCUCGGGAGGCUAUGAUAGAUGAGGAAUACUGGAUUGCCGCGUGGUUGAGAGCAGAAAAUCACUAUGAAGAUCAGUCAGGCGAUCGCUAUGUUGAGAGCUUCAAAAGAAAGUAUGCAUCACAGGAGUUUCAUGCCUUAAAGAAGCGAUGUGGCAAGCAGUUUGGAGAGAAGUAUACCUGUUUCGUUGCGGUAAAGAAUGACGACAUCACACGAACUGUGCUGAAUAGUGUAGUUGGUACGCUGGACUUAUGUGUCAGGCAUCCUCUGCAUGGGGAGAAAUAUCCCGAGGAGCCUGGGAAAUCACCAUUUUACUCUAGAAUCUAUCAGCCAGAUCAGCCAAAAUUUGCAUAUUUAACAAAUGUAUGUGUUGCUAAGUAUGCUCGGCGUCAAGGGAUUGCCAGCAACUUGUUGUUAUUGGCCAUUGAUGCAGCCAGACUCGAUGGUGCUGAAAGUAUUUAUAUUCAUGUACAUAAGGACAACUUGCCAGCUCGAAGGCUCUAUGAUCACAUAGGAUUCAAGAUGGUUGACAUGGAUGGCGCUCGCCACUCAUCAGAUCUAUGCUUACUCUCGUUCAGUAAGCACUAGGCUAGUUAACAAGGGACUUCCUCCCAUAUCAUUUGUUCAGGUGAAAGUGAAAUUAUAUCAUCAGUCCUCUUGAUUUAGUAAAAGUGGGAUGGUGUCAAUGAAUAUGCUUUACCAUCCUGGGCAUGAUGAAAUACUGUAAAUUACAAAAUCCUUGGAAGCGACAAGAUGGGCUGACAGUUCUGAUGCCCAGAAUGCUUGUGAUGUGUGUGUGGGGGCAACAACUGGGUAUUGUAUCUGAAUGUUUCAAUUUUUUACUGUACAGUUUGUGGACAAAGCAAUCUAAUGCUUGUUCGUUCGUUUUUGUGAUUCCGCAUGGAAAUAUGUAUAUACAUGCUAACAAAUAUUCAUAGUAACAUCUGUAGUUCAGUGUUUUUCUUACUCAAACUCUGUAAUUCAGUUAAUCUGGACAACCUUUUUCUUGUAUAGCUA